CUACUAUUUAUACACCACCACCCUCCUUCUCCAUCUCCUUCUUCUCCCUCUCUUCCUCUUCAUCAAAUUUUUCUUAGCUAUCUCCACUCUCAAACUUCUCUUCCUGUCCCUAUCACCUUCAGUAUUCUAUUUGCAACAUUUAUAACCCUAGCUAGAUAACUCCUUAUAUUAGAUUUCCAUAUAUUAUAAGAUUGAUUUAUAUUAUUAAUUACAGCUAGUGUUGUGUUUUAAUUAACUGGUAUAAAUAUAUGUCAAUGGCUCCUGUUUCAUUGCCACCUGGUUUCCGGUUUCAUCCAACGGACGAAGAGCUCGUGGCUUACUACUUGAAGCGCAAGAUCAAUGGCCGUAAGAUUGACCUCGAGAUUAUCCCUGAAGUUGAUCUCUACAAAUGUGAACCUUGGGAUUUACCAGGAAAGUCAUUGUUGCCCAGCAAAGAUAUGGAAUGGUAUUUCUUUAGCCCACGAGACCGGAAGUACCCCAAUGGAUCCAGGACUAACCGGGCGACCAAAGCAGGAUACUGGAAGGCGACGGGAAAGGAUAGGAAAGUAAGUUCACAGAGGAGGUCAGUAGGGAUGAAGAAAACCCUAGUCUAUUAUAGAGGGAGAGCCCCUCAUGGAGCUCGCACUGAUUGGGUCAUGCAUGAGUAUCGCCUUGAUGAAAGAGAAUGUGAAAUUCCAACUGGUUUGCAGGAUGCAUAUGCACUAUGUCGGGUAUUCAAGAAGAGUAUGAUCAUCACGGCCCCGAAAGUGGCGGAACACUACGUCAGUGCGGCGACGCCGGCGAGAGAUGGGUCCUCUAGCAUAGAUAUAUACUCGGAGGGAAAGAGCGAGGAGAUGGAGAGUUGUAACUAUGCAAUGGUGGGGGCGCAGCCUUCAGCCACAGUUUCUGGCUCAUCCAUGGCGGCAACAGUCCAUGGGUAUUCAUUUCAAGUUGCUGCAGGCUCAAGCAACAAUAACAACAAUAAUAAUAGUGAUGAUAAAUGGAUGCAGUACCUAUCGGAUGAAGCAUUUACUUUCAACUCUAACCCCCCAUCAUCAUCGCUUUCAAAUUAUGCACCUAUACCUUAUCCUCCUUCUAAGGUUGACAUAGCAUUGGAGUGUGCUAGGUUGCAGCACCGGUUCACGUUACCGCAGCUGGAGGUUCAGGAUUUGCCCCAAUCCACCUUCAUCACCAACCAAUUACACCAACCAACUGACAUUGUUCAGGAAAUCCUCUCUGUCGCUCAAGUGUCCCAAAAUCUGAUGAAUGAACUAGACGACAACCCUUGGAGUGGACCAUAUCAUGAUCAUGAGCCCCCCAUCGAUGCUAAAGAUGCAUUUUCUUUCCUCCCUCACAGCUCUAGCCAGAUCCAAGAUUUGGGUAGCUUCCGGUUCUUGGACCAACAACCCAGAGGAGAAGGCGAAGAUAAGCACCAAAAUUGUAUGAAUGUUCAUCAUCAGCUUGGGGACAUCUAUGCUGAUGAUGAGGGUUUGAAACCAGACACAAUAGUGAUGGAGAACUUGAGAUGGGUUGGAAUGUCCGACAAAGACCUUGAGAAGACACAUAUGGAGGAGUACAGGGAAGUUCCAAUAGAAAAUGUCUCAAGCUUUAAUAGAUCGGGACAUGAAGUGCAUGGUAUAUUUAUACACACACAUUAUAACCUAAGAAAUUCUAAAAUGCUAUUACGCCCUAAAGUUACGUAUGUUGGUGUCUUGUUAUAUACUACCCCGUUCUUUUGUAAUUGCAACAAUUGGACUUUCACAUUGCUCAACGCACAACUUUGACUGUAUUAUGUUGCAGGAAGGAGUAGCAAGGGAUACUAUACAGCUGAAAUGAAUGACUUGUCGUCGGUGGCGCUGGGAUUGGACAAUAGCAGCCACCAUAGUAUGGCAAACCAUUUCUUCGAAGAUGGUAAUCCCGGGGGUGGGUUUUGUGAUUCUCCCACAUUAGAGGUUUUCGAGAAAGUAGAGGUGAAGCAUGGGAUGUUUGUGGCGACAAGACAAGCAGCCACAACAUUGUAUCACCAAGUUAUUCCCUCUACCACGGUUCGAAUCUAUCGGAACUUGGUCCCCUUUCCGGCUAUAGCGGGUGACAAAUUUGAAGCUGGUGCCGACUUUGUGUCAAGGAAGAAGCUGGUAAUGGUGAGCAGCUUUUUCUUCUUUAUCAGCAUGGUUGUCGCAACACUUCAGGCCUGUUUGCUUCAUUUCUUGGAGCUGUCAGAGAAGAUUUUGCAUUAUAGCCACAAAUGGAAGAAUAGUGAACUUUUCAUGGCACGAAAUUAUGAGAAGCUAAGACCAGAACCAAGGGAUUCAUCAUGCAUCAAUCGGGAUGUGGGGGGAGUGCACGAGACUGCACCCUGGUCAUAUCUCACCCUCGUCGUGGCUCUUUCUACCAUUUGGUUGCACUAGAAUAUAAUGUCACAUUCAUUCUUUUGAACUAUUUAUACAUAGUAUUAUACUACAUAUGUCCUCAAAUUCUCUCUAACCUCUCCUUUUUUAUGACCUUAUUUCAUUGUUUGUUGAUUAAGAGAGGCCGGCGAAACGAAUUAGCCUUCUCCUAAUUUCAAUCAUUCUUUGCAAACUGUACGUGUGCACGCAUGUCUUUCAUCCAUAUUAUAUUGUUCAUUCCAAAUUCCA